CUCAUUCCCCGGCUGUAAGGCGCGAAACGGAGGGGUCGGGGCAGAGGCUUUAUUUUGGUGGGGGCGCUUCACCCAGACACGCCAGCCCCGCUCUUGUGAAAGGCCAAGAAAGGCUUUCCCGCGCUCUGCGUUUGAAACUGCCGCCGCCGCGCUUCGCCCCCGCCCACUGAGGGCGUGUGAGGCGGGGAGGAUGGCGACGAAGCUGACCAAAGCCCAGUACGAAGAGGUCGCCCGGUUCCUGGCCCAAGUGCCUCCGACCAGGCAGAGCCUGAGGAAACUGAGGGAGCGCUUCCCCAGGAAGGACAUCCAGACAGCACAGUACACUGGACAGGAUCCUGUGGCAUCCCACUUGCCACUUUUUCCCCAGGAUGAUGAGGAACCACGAGUGAGCACUUUUUGGGUUUGUCAAUCGCAGUCCACUCUGCUGAGCAUCUUCUCCCAGGAGUACCAGAAAUUAAUCAAAAGAACACAUGCCAAACAUCACACUCCGGAGGCAACCGAGGCUUACUAUCAAAGGUACCUUAAUGGAGUGAUAGAAAAUGCAGCUUCUCCUGUAUUAUUGGACCUGGCCAAUGAGGUGGAUUUUGCCCCAUCACUGAUGGCUCGAAUAGUGUUGGAAAAAUUUCUACAAGAACAAGAAGGAUCAAUCCCUUCCAAAACUCUUAUAAACAGUAUGCUGCGGGACCCUUCUCAGAUUCCAGAUAGAAUUCUAGCAAACCAGAUCUAUCAGUGUACUGUGAAUGACUAUUGUUAUGGACCGCUGGUGGACUGCAUCAAACAUGCAGUUGGACAUGAGCAUGAAGUCUUACUGCAAGAAAUGCUUUUGGAGAAAAAUAUAUCUUUUUUAGCUGAAGAUCAGUUACGUGCAAAAGGUUAUGACAAAACACCAGACUUCAUAUUAGAGGUGCCAGUCGCUGUAGAAGGUCAUAUCAUUCAUUGGAUUGAAAGCAAAGCCUCUUUUGGUGAUGAGUGUAGCCACCAAGCCUAUCUACAUGACCAGUUCUGGAGUUACUGGAACAGAUUUGGUCCCGGACUAGUUAUCUAUUGGUAUGGCUUUAUCGAAGAGUUGGACUGUCAUCGCAACCGUGGUAUCUUGCUCAAAGACUGCUUCCCUACAGACAUAGUUACUCUUUGAGACUUUCCAUGGGGGUGGAAGAAAAAAAUUAGAGGAAAAGGCGAAUCCGGAAGCAAUUUUACUUUCCUGCAGUAUAAACUACUGGCAACAUCUGCCCUGAACUUCAGGUGAACUCUUCCAGCCCAGGAUCACACUACUACUACUUUAGACAAACACAUCAAGAGUUUCUGCUUUACUUCAACCCUCUGCUGAUGCGAGCAGCCAAAAAAUACAGACACAGCCCAAACAUUAUCAGCAUUUCUGUCUCUGUCAAACAGUUUAUAGAUAGCCGUAAUCUUUCUUCCUUCCGGAUGGCUUCUCCUUGCACUUUGAACAAAAGAAGAAAUGUGGAGGCUGAAAGGUGUGGCUUUCAGUUUUUCCUCCCAGUUAUGAAGUCACUUUAAAAAAUGUCUUCUGUCACACAAGCCUCUUUUCUGGUUAAAUGUUAAAAACCUAGCUAACACAAACUUAAGUAUUCCGUUCUUAAAUGGUCACGUUGUGCUAAGCUACUACAAGCUCGUAUAGGUUAGGGAAGCGAGUCAUCUGGCAAUGUAUUCUUUUAACUCUGAACUUCCAGGGUUUCUGGGCACAAAGCCAGACAGUUGACCCUUUUAAUGUAAAUUUUAAUUACUGGUAUUUAUCUCAUUUCAUGCUGUUAAAAGCCAUAGCAUAAUUGUAGAAAUGCUAUUCUCUCUUACAAAAAAAUGUUUCAUUUGUCCGAUCCUGAAAUUAAAAGUCCAGAAAUAUUUAUAGUAUAUAUUAAGUUGUAAUGGGCAUUUUAAUAUUUUGGAAUAAAGUGGGCAUUGUUAGAGCUUGAGUCUUAGCCUGGAAAUCUGUGUUAGAAAGAUAUUUUCGGUAACAGUAAGAAGGCAAAGAUUUUAUUUGGACAUGCUGUGGAGAUGACUGAGAAUCAGAGCUAUGUACCUGAUACAUUACCCUUGGAUAUGAAUUCAAUACCUAAUGGUCAUGCUCACAAGCAUAUAAAACUAUUCAAGCUAUAGCAACCCUAAAUGGAUGCCUUCUGCACUCCCAUAGCCUAUUUGCAUCAUCCAACAAGUACUCAAAGCCGAUCAUGGAUAUUCCACUUUCAUGGCAGAAGGAAAUGGAAGAAAUAUAAUUAUCACUGCUUUUUAUACUCUUUUGAUAAGCUAUUAUAAGCCUGUUUCCAUUGCUUCAGAAACUGGUCCUACCCACAUUCAUAUUACUGUAUAUAUUUUCUGCCAGUCAUUAACAUUCUCAUAUCUUUAUAUACUAAUCUCAGCAAGGAAAGACAACAUUCUGCUUACACAUUCAUUUAUUUGUUAACCACAAUUAUACCUUCCCCUUAAGCAAAAAAGAUCUCAGAGCAUCUUACAAAAAUCAUUCCUAAAACACACUCUGUCCUCAGACUCACAAACUAAAAAGACAUAACACACAAGAAAAAAGGAAUGAUAGGGAGGCGGAAAAUGCAAGCUCCAGCACAAGUUCUUACAAUUACAGCCAGCAGUGGUAGUGGCAGUUCUGGCUGUGGGGAAUUGAAUAUGAAUCUCUGUGACCCACAUGUGGUGGGGGGGGGGGGGGCUAAAGAAAAUGGCUGGGUUCAAAAAUGCCUGGAUUCAAAACACCAGGCUUUGCAUACUCUCCUGCAGAGGCAGAGCCCCAGUAGCAGAGAUUAAACUCACAAAAGUUAAGCAGUGAUAUAGUGUUAGGAAUAUAGGUUGCUAAAACUUUUUAACCAGUUCAAUUGCACGCAGCAGCUAACCUCUUUCUACGCCUCUUGCUAUGAGCAGGCCACACACAGAAGUAAGUUUAAAAUGCUUUACUUGCAGGUUCAAGGUAUCAGCCAUGCAUUGUUCCAUGCAGCAGCAAUGAUAAUGCAGGCAGAACACUCUUGAAUAGAAAAUACAGCAGGACAACUUCGGUUAUGCAUUCUAAGCGUAGAGCUAGCUUAAGCAUGUCCAUCCGGGUUGAUUACAUGAUGAAGAGAUAGAGAGAUAAAGGAAGAGGAAAGAAGCUUCACUUCCUUUCCAGAGGAGAGGGGGUAUGAUCAAACUGAGUCUAUCUAGCAAUAUAACUCUAUGAUCCUUAACCCCUUAAUGCACCAACUAGCAGCCAUGCAUAGUUAUGUUUGACUGCAAUCUCCCACACUGGCUGCCUUUCCCUUUAUAAGAGCAAUCCUUCCCCUGAAAUACUUCACGCACACACCCUGAUCAGAUCCAGGAACAGAGCUUGUGAGACAUCUUGGCCAAAAGGGCGGAGCAAAUCCUGAAGUUACCUUUUCCCCAGAGUUCGCUCAGUUUUGCUGCUCUUUAAAAUGAAAAUAGGAAAAUCUCAUUGUAUUAAAAGAAAUAACAUUGUUUCCUCCGGCCCCCUCCAUCAUCCAUUUCCAGCAGAAGUAUCUCAGAGUUUUUCCUAGAGUAGACCAUAGCUUGCCUAUUUUGCAGAGGACCCUGUAGUUUUUGAGGUAUGUUUCUUUGAAAUAUUAAACUUUCAGCAAGACCUUAUUUCAAGCAGUGUAACUCAUUUAUGUUUAACAUACUGCAACAAGCUUGUAGGUUUGCUUGCACAUAAAAGAUGGCAGAAGAAAUCUGUAGUGUGUAACUUAUUGGUGCUACACAGAAGUAAUAUUCAGGGUGUUAUUGCCUGGUGUACAUAAAACUUGUUCAAAAGGUGAAAAUAAAAUAGUAUUCCAGCAUUAUUCCCUUG